UGGCGGGAGGCGGAGCGGAAGCGGAGUGUGAGGGACAGCUGAGUAAAAUCUCCACACGCCGAGGUCCGCCUUGUCGUGGCUCCCCAUCCCCGGCCUUUCUCCACCGCGACCUGGAGGCGAAGCUGACUCCCGCUAAGCGGUUUUGGCUGCACGCUGCGGAUCGAGCCUUCAGGCAAGACAGUAUAUGAAUGGAGACAGCCUUGCUGAAGAUGGAGCAAAAACAUUGUUAGAAGAUUCUUUUCUUCCUCCUUUCAGAAAUCUUGAUUGGUGGUUUGCCUCCAUCAAAGCUCUUUGCUUCAUCAGAAUGUUUUAUACAAUCUCAAGAAAAAAUAUGUCCCAGAAACUGAGUUUACUGUUGCUUGUAUUUGGACUCAUUUGGGGAUUGAUGUUACUACACUAUACUUUUCAACAACCAAGACAUCAAAGCAGUGUUAAGCUACGUGAACAAAUACUAGAUUUAAGCAAAAGAUAUGUUAAAGCUCUAGCAGAGGAAAAUAAGAACACAUUGGAUGUGGAGAAUGGUGCUUCCAUGGCAGGAUAUGCUGAUCUGAAAAGAACAAUAGCUGUCCUUCUGGAUGACAUUUUGCAACGUUUGGUGAAGCUGGAGAACAAAGUUGACUAUAUUGUUGUGAAUGGCUCAGCAACCAACACCACCAAUGGAACUAGUGGGAAUCUGGUACCAGUAACCACAAAUAAAAGGAUAAGUGUAUCAGGAAGCAUUAGAUAGCAGUUGAAGAUCACCUUAUGCUGCUACAUCCACUGUGGAUUCUAUCCCAGUGCAGGAGUUCAUCAUGUCAAUUUCUGGCUACCAUAGAGUAAUACUUUACAGUAAAAGUGCUACUCAUUUUUAGGGAGUUCACUGGAUUUAUGGGACUAAUUCUGUAAAUAAAAGUUUAAACAUUAUUAGUUUGCUUUUGAGACAAAUUUCUUUUAAUGCUGUACUCUAAAGAGAGCUUGGUAACAUGGUUGAUGUAGUAAGCAGGUAGGUGAUCUUCGUAUAAAUCUCUGUGUUUGAAAUCAAUCAAGUUGAGACAAAAAUCAUUUAAAAGACUUGUAUUCAUUUAUAUAAAAUAUUUAUUUAAGUAUAAAUGUGCUUUUCAGACAAGUAGACAAUUUUGUGAUUGAAUCUGUUAUUUGUUCUGAGUGGAUGUCACUGAGACUAUUAGGAAAUGUGCGUACUUACUUCCAAUACUAUAUUUUGUUACUUAGAUUAUGAGCAGAGAAAGGAAGUAAAAUACUGAUUAUAUUAUUUGGAAACCAUGACCCAAAGAAUGUCUUCAUUUGCACUAUCCUUCAAAAUAACUGAAGGUUAAUUGUAUAUUUUUAAAAUUCAUAUUUGUAAGAGUGUAAUCUUGAAAAGGUUAGCAGUCACUGUCUAUAGCCUAGCCUAAAUGUUAAAGGCAAUUUCAUAACAUUAAAAUAGUAAUCUCUAAUCUCAUACUUAAAAUUUUCUUACAUAUAUUCUGAAGAAUAAAAGCUAUUUUUAUGGUGA